AUGGUGGACAGCACGUUGAAUGUUUUUCUCCGAUUUGGCACGUUGCUCCUUCUUUGUCAUGAGUGUUGGAGCGAUACUACUGUUCAGAUCCUAAAUGACAACAAUUUUGAGCACUUAACACAAGCUUCAACAGGAGCAACGACGGGAGACUGGUUUAUAGUUUUGUGAGUUCAUCAUAGGCGAAGUUGAGCUUAUAUCUGUAGAAUAGACAGUACAAUGGGCAAGUACUUUUUGUGCAGUAUCUAUUAAAAGUGCUUGCCCAUUGUCUACUGAGUUUCUCUUUAUUUUAUGAGCGUCUGUUCGUUCGUUAGCUUAAACACGAACACGAAAUGUCAUAUGCCCCCUAGAAAAACUUCCGGUAAGAUUUCCGGAUAACCACAUAAGGUUAGAUUUAUUUAAAUAUGCAUGCAGGAAUUUCAUACUUUUUCUCACAAAUAGUUGAGUAGAGUCGAAACAUGUUUGCAUACUAAAUGUGUGGGGUUAUACAGAAAUCUUACCCUGUGAUUGUUAAAUUUCGAUCCAGUUUGGUUGUUUCAUUUCAUCCGAUUAUGAUGGAUGGUUUGAAGGUGACAAACCUAAGCGAUGGCUAAAUUUUUUAUUUUCCAGUUCAAAUUUUAUUGAGAAGCGCCCUACAAAUGUUCCACUACUGUUUGUUAGACUGAUAUGUAUCCGUGACGACAUCAUUACGAUCAAAGUGUGUAAUCGUGCAAACCCCUCUCAAGUGGGGUUCGCACAUAUGUACGAGCAUUGUUUUCUUUUAACACAUGACUUUUUUUUUGUCACUUGCCUUUGCCACUCCACAGCAAAGUCAUGACAUGUCUCAAGUGACCAUUCAAACAAAUGCAAAUUUUCCAAACGGCUGAUGUUAUUUUGAACUGCAGUGAAAGGCAACAAACGCCUUCAUUAUUCUGUAGCUUCUGCUUUGCAGUUUUCUUCAUUUCCACACCAUUAUCACUUUAUCAUCAUCUCCUCCCACUCUUCAAAAACAGGUUUGAUCGUUCAAUGUAUGAUCCAUUGAUAUCGGAUGCAUUCAGCAAAAAGCCUGCAUUUUGUUGCUAUGAUAUGGCAACAUUAGUUUGAAUCUGCGCAUGUGCAGAGUAAUUUCUGCAUAACUAAUCAAUUACACACUUUGAUCGUGUUGAUGAAACUUGACUCAAAUGUUUGGCUUUUGCAGCUCAUUUACUGACAGAGACCCAGAGUGUGCUGAAUGCAAGAAAGCAGAUGAAGCAAUAGAAAAAGCUAAAGAAAAGUAAGUGUGCUAUAUGUUCAAGUUUGUUAAAACUACAACAACCUUAUUUGAAUCUCCUAAGUUCAAUUAAAUUGCUUAAGUGAUACUUACAAAUAGCUACACGUGCAGUUAGCUAAUCAAGGUGAGUAUUGAGGAAAACCUGACAAAAGAAAGAAAGAAUUCAGCUAAAUACUUAACAAGCCACCAGUGUAUUAUGACUGAUAAUUGAUUGAUCCAGUAAUUAUAUUUGGUUAUUAGUUCAUCGAAGCCCAAAGGUUCUAGCAUAAAGGUGUCUGAUCUUUUCGCUGCAAAGUUGUUUUGCUGCAAGUGGGUUCACUGCAUCAUGAAGUCAAUUAACUGCAAGCAUUUCUCAAUUCACUGCAACAAUGGCUCUAAGUUGCUUCAAAGACAUGUUUAGAGGCAGUGGGAGGCAGAGUGGCCGAGUGGUUAGGGUGCUGGACUUGUUUCUGAAGGCCUGAGUUGGAGUUGUUUCUGGAGGCCUGACUGGUAGCUGGAUUUGUUCUUGGUGGUUCCAAGUUCAAAUCCUCAGCGAUGCCUGUACAUAGCCAACUGGCUUGCCUCCUACCAGUUGGAAUUCUGAAACCUUGUUACUUAAUUUUCCAUUGCCAUAUAUUUCUUUCAUUGUCCCUGAAAGUAAGCCUCAUAAGGGAAGAGGAUAAUUAUGUACCAGUUUAUAACAACAAUACUACUACUACUACUACUACCACUACCACUACCACUACCACUACCACUACCACUACCACUACCACUACCACUACCACUACCACUACCACUACCACUACCACUACCACUACCACUACCACUACCACUACCACUACCACUACCACUACCACUACCACUACCGCUACCGCUACCACUACUACUACUACUACUAAUAAUAAUAUUAUUAUUAUUAUUACUAUUACUAUUACUAUUACUAUUAUUAGAUUGAGCCAAUAUUUCAUUUCACCUCUCCAAAAGCUUCUCUGUCAUUAAGCCAAGUGCCAAGUUGACAUCCCUGUUAAGUUUGACUUUUUGAGACAAAUCCGGCACAAGACUGAGUAUGGAUAAGAACAGAGGAAUACAGGAAUGAGGUUGACCCCCAAUAAUCUCAAGAUAAGAGUUACUGUUUUAUGAGAUCUGAUCUGUAAUGAACAAUCUGUGUUUCGGUUCAGUUACAUGUCUAAUAAAAAGUUGUAACUUUUUAGGUUAGGCCACAAGUUAAAUUUUGCCUUAGUGUUACCACCGAGGAGUAGUUGUAAGUAUGAAUUUUGUUUAAUUCUCCUUAUUAUUCUUCAUCAAUUUGUAAUGACUUAAGUUAGUCCUAAAAUGUGUUUUGUGAGAUUUUAUGCUUUUACUCAUAAUUUACAAAGGGGACAGAAAUAACUUUGAGAUGUACAUGUAAAAGAAAGAUACCUUAUUAUUUAUUUUAGUAUAUCAGGAAAACCCAAUGUGAAAGUACUACUAAAUACAUAAUUGAGGUUUUUGCAAAAUCAAACUUUCCAACUACAGUUAAACCUCUGCCAAUGCCCCCCCUUCCGCAGUCCACAUACAUGUCCACAUGCAUGGGUGCUUCUACACCAGUCCAUACAGUGUAGAGUAGAGGUACAGUUUUGACCAGUUCAUUGUUCUUAAUGCAGUCAACUCUUGCCUCACAGGAACUUCACUAGUACAGACACACUGAAAAAAAUUACUGUUUAUAUUAUGGAGUCAUGAGCACUUUUAUUAGGUCCAAUUGGUCAUUUCUAUUGGUCAUGUUCUUGCUACACGUGAAAUGGAAAGGGAGCCGACAUAUUUCAACAUUCAGACUCAGAUAACAAAUAUGUAUUUUGUUCUUGUCAUGUUAUAUUUAGUUUUUAGUUUCAGUUACAGUUCUUUUCUGUUGCACAUGCCCCGGACCCCUUAAAUCUCACACCUUCAGAGUUCACAGGUUGCGCCUUUGGUGCAAGUUAUAACCUUGUUGAAAAGCCUGAGUAAGUGGUGUAAUAAUGUGAUUUUUUACUUUUUAUUAUGAUACAAAAAAUUUAUGGUAUACUGAUCAUCAGUUUAUGCACCCAUUUCACUGUGUUCCAAAAUAUUCAAUUUUAUUGUAAUUCUUUAUUUUUUUACCUUUUACAGUAACACUGAGGCGAUUUGAUGUAGCAAGAUGGCCUUUUGUCACGCUGUGAGUAUUCUUCCUUUCUGUUCUUAACUUUUUUCUCUUUUCGAUUUCCAAAGUGAUUCUGUGUUUUCACUCACGUGGCCAGCAUCUAUGCAAAUUUAUUGGAACAAAAGAAACAUAAGAAAAUAGUUCAACUCCCACAGGACUGGUUUGGGACACAAACAUGGCCGCCGUUUCAUUGUUUUGGGACACAAACAUGGCCGCCGUUUCAUUGUUUUGGGACACAAAUAUGGCUGCCGUGAUGUCAUGUGAAAACACACAAUAUCCUGCAUUAAAAGCUUAAUUGUUAUAAUUUCAGCAUUUCCUGUAUCUCCAAAAGACAGUAUAAACUGUUUCAAAAGAAUUUAAUAAACCUCUAGUAGUAUUAUGUGUGGAGUGAUGAACUAAAAUAAUGUUGCUGACAAAAUAAUGCCAGUUUGCAUAGUGGCAGUGCCGAUGUUGCAGGUCAAAAUUAAAUUCAGGUUAAAUAACAAUUAUUCACCGAAGUGGAGGUGGGUGGUCAUGGAUAUUUACCGAACUGCAAAGCAGUAAGGUGAAAAUCCACGACUAGCCACCGACACUGAGGUGAAUAACUGUUUUAGUAUAUACUAAAACAGUGAGAUAAUUGAGCUCAAAAAAGGUGAUUUUUAACUCAAAUACUGUUGCCAACGAUUACAAUUUUGGCGCGUUGCGACCGGGCGGCCGCGGCCGUCACUUUUUCUUGACGACGAUUAAAACUUUUGAAGGCAUUUGUUUAGCUCUUGCGGGGAAAUUUCUUCAAAAGGAGUUGUGAAUUCUUUUUGUAUUUAAAAUUAUUCUAUAAAAAAAGAUUAUUAAAUUUAGUUUUAAGCUUAUUUAUGAACAACUCAACUAAAUAAAGUAAUGCAAGACUUAAACUUAAUUUGCAUUUGUAAACAAAAAACUUUUUCACCGGUUUUAUCGAUAAAUUCGUGUCAAAAAGACAAAGCUUUACCUGCUAAAACUUCCAAUCCGACCUUCGUCACCUUCUUCGUGUAUUUCGGAAACAGCUUGCAUGAUUAGUUGUGAAAUUUCUUUGUUUGUUUACGGCAGCAAACCGGGAAGGCAUUUUGCUCGUAACUUACGCGAGUUUGGCGUCGCUCGUUCUGAGGAACUGGAGGUGAAUCAGUGAAUAGCGCAGGAUAUUCACUGAUUGAGUAGCCAAUCAGAGCGCGAGAAAAACACCAUCCACUGUUUUAGUAUGUACUAAUAUUUUUUAACCUGGGUUGAUUCUCAAUUUCCUUUGUGUCCUAGCCCUAUUUCAUGAACAUAAUUAGGGCUAGAACACAAAGGAAAUUGAGAAUCAAACCAGGUUAAGAAGAUUUUAACCUGAAUUUAAUUUUGACCUGUAACUAUGUACUGGGAGGUUUAAGAAUGCUGAUUAAGGGCUUUCAAACUCACUUUAGGGUCUUCAAGACAGAAAAACAAUAUUUUUAUUAAUGCAAUAGAAGGCUAAUGGUCCUACCAAUACAUGUAAAGGUACGCUAUGGCCUAGGGUUGUUCAUAAAGAAAAUAUCAGGAACUGAUAAUAAGUAUUACAUUGAUUUGGCCAAAGUUUAAGGUGGAGGUUCUCUUAAUAAGCUUCUAAUUUACUCCAAACAAUGAACUUGUAACCAUUGGAAAGAAAUCCACUUAGAAGAGCCUGUGAUCAUUUGAAAACUAGUACCUUGUCAACGGAUAACUUAAAAAAAGAACAUGUAACCUCAAAUGAGCUAUACCUAAGCCUGCGACACAGUCAUGUGAUACUGGUCAGUGGAAAUCUUCUUUUGACAGCUGUAAAUUGACCACCACAUGGAUGUGCAAUAUCCAGUGGCAGGCUCCCACACGAGCUAGAAAAUGUGAGAUCUCACACUGGUUUCCCUCUGGUGCUGGGAUGGAUGCACAGUCAUGUCACUACCAAAUUAAUAACUAAAUUUCUGAGCUGUGGGGCUUCACCUGCCAGCACCCCCGUGGAGCUCCAUUAUUAAAAGUAACAAAUGGCGUCAUAGAUUUGUGUCUUUCCCCUUGGAAGUGGGAACUUGUAGAGCAUUGAAGUGAUUAUAGAACUAUUUUUGUCAGUCUUAAGCAGGGAAAGCAGUAUUUGUAUUCAGAGGGCAAGAUGGAUGAAGAAUCAUUUAUCAAAUUUAUAGAAGAAGGCUAUAAAUUAGCUGCAUCUCAACCAGUUCCUCCUCCAGUUAGCAAAUUGUAAGUGUAAUAAUGGUAAUAAUGAAGGGAGCACAAAAGCUGUGAUGAAACUAUGAAUUCAACGUGGCCCAGCACUUACAUUUCAAUGCUUUGCUAUAAGCACUAAGAUCUUCAUUGUCACCCAAAGUGUAACAGGGUGCUGCUAGAAUAAGGUCCCAAGGGGCUACCCCAUGGGGGCACUAGAUGCUGCUAGAGUACUACCCUAUGUUUUUGUGCAAAAACUAAUUUACUAGUGGCCAUCCUGGAGCAGCAGUUAGGGAGAAGACACUAGGUGCUGCUAGAAAACAGCCCUGUGCUGUUUGGGCCAAGGAGACCGUUACACUCGGAGCUUAAACUGGAGCUCCUUGUAGUACUUGCUUAUUUCCCCCUCCCCAUCCUUGGUAAGGGUACAAAGUGCAAAGUUACCCCCACCCCCACCCUUAGUAUUAUGUCACCAGUAACAACUUAGCCACCUGAGUUAGAUGAGGAAGUACAAAGCAAAGAAUGAAAGUUUCUUCUUAAACAGGAUGAAAUAGGAUUUCAGUGCAUCUGUGGAUGACUUCCAAGGGUGAAUGAAUUUUAACCUGUUCCAUGACUGCGAAAUAAUGAUGAGUCAGGAGUGAUGUCAUCUUCAAAAGUGUCUGAAUCUGAAAUUUAUUCAUUAUUUUAGUGACAUCUUCAUUGAAGAGCUCAUGAAUGAUGCAAAGGUAUGGUCGGACGUUUUUCCUCUACUUUAAUGUUUUAUUUCUUUAUCUCUCCAUGUACUCGACUUUGAUAAUAUUAGAAAUAACGAAAGGGUGGGAAACACAUGGGGUCAUGCAUGUCGUAGGAGCAUUCCCCAGGGAUAUUUUCCAGCGACAGGAAAUUUGUCCCAACAGAGUUCAACUUAAUGAAUGUUCCAAGGGCGCUAUCACCUUCGUGCAGACGGUUCUACAACAUUUUUUUGCAACGGAAUGAAUUUUUUGAAUCAGUCAGCGACAACCAUGGAAAAUCACCAAAGAAACGUAUCCUGGAGCACUUUCGUGUGUCUCCUGACAUUGUGUUCUUGUCUGUACUUCAUGUCUUAGCUAUACUCGUUCCUGUAUUAACAUGCCUUUGUAAAUAGAUACAUUGCACGUGACUGUGUCGCGCUGUAACAGGUUGCUGCUAGUGCCACUACUGAGGUUUACGGUCAAGUCGCCCGAAAGCAAAGUUGCUUCGCCCGAAAUUUAUAGACAAGUCGCCCGAAAUGCUGACGGAUGCCUCUCGUAGUUUUGCCAUUCUAAGUUCGUCUCAACGUGGCGUAAAGAACGAGAUAUAUAUUACACUUUUAUUACUCUAGGUUCGUCUCAAUAUGGCUUAAUAAACGAGAUAUCUUGCACACGCUAUUUUAUUGAACUAUUUCUCUGUGCAUUACUAACCGGUUACCCACUAAUGGUCAUGUUUUGUUUUAUCGUAGCACAUCAUUCAAAUACGGAAAAGUGCCGCUGUUUUCAUCUUUAUCGCUGGAAUUCUGUUUGGUUUGUUGUUACUUCCCGUUAUCAGAUUGUUGGUCGAAUGCCUUGUUAACACGUUUCUUCAAGAGCCUGAUACAGAUCAGGGAUUUGAAGAUGAAGGACUAGGCAAAGAUGAGGUCGACGAAGAUGAGGAGGAAGAAGAAAAAAAAGAUAGAUAGAUGCCAAAACAAGACUGGUUUAUGUUAUUACUAGAUGUAUAUAAUUUAACACCAAACAAUUACCGUUUAAUAAACAUCCUUAUAUGACUUACUCACGAGAGACUGUGGGCCGCGGUUUUUGAACGAUAUAUAUUUAUUCUUAGGCUUCCCUUCCUAAGUUGAUUUUCGACAAAGAAAGAUUUGUUUUUUGGACGCCACAGUAAACACCCGCCUAUAAUAACCUCCUUUUUUUAAGUCUGGCAAAAUAGGUUCUUGUAUUUUGGGGUACUUAUUGGCAAUUGAAACUAAGUAGGUUUUUAAUUAGGUUCGUAAUCUUUCUGAAGGAGAUGAUAGAUUGUGGAU